CCUGUGGAGUCUCUGAUAAAGAAUUUUUAUUUCUUUGGUGGGAAGACCCUCCAGGAGAGGGCUGGUAUUAACUGAAAUGCCCAGUGCAGGAGGGGAAGAGGAGCUUCAGGCUCAGUCCUCGGCUCGUGGUAACCGGUGGGAACAACUGGGCUGUUGAGAAGAACUUCCAGAGGAGAUGGCGACUGCACGGAAGGGGACACUCACCUCUUCAAUAUUGGCUUUCAGAAAGCUGACAGCACAUCUCUGCCGAGACCACCCUGCUAGUUGAGAAAAAUCUGAGAUCUCUUAAUUUUGUGCAAAGACGGAAGAUAUGUUGUGGUUUUGCCUGUAAAAAAAUCAAGUAUUUAAUGGAGGACCUCAGAGAACUACGUGAAGAACCAACUGAUCCUCAAGCUCAGCAAGAAAUAAUUAAUAGCAUUGAAGAAGUUUAUUUUUCCAAUGAUUCCUUUGACAUUGUGAAGUAUGAGUUAGAGAGGCUUCCUCCAGUACUUAGUCUUCAGGAAUUGGAAGAAUACAGAGACAAAUUAAAACAACAGCAAGCUGCUGUAUCUAAGAAAGUUGCAGACUUGAUUCUCGAAAAACAGCCUGCAUAUGUUCAGGAACUGGAACGUGUCACCUCCUUGCAGAGUGGCCUGCAGCUGGCAGCUGUCAUUUGCACAAAUGGAAGAAGACACCUGAAUAUAGCAAAGGAAGGCUUUACACAAACCAGCCUGGGGCUUCUUGCAAACCAAAGGAAACGACAGUUGCUCAUUGGGCUGCUGAAGUCCCUGAGAACAAUAAAAACACUGCAAAGAACUGAUGUGCGUUUGAGUGAGAUGUUGGAGGAAGAGGACUACCCAGGUGCUAUUCAGCUGUGUCUGGAGUGCCAACAAGCUGCCAGCACUUUCAAACACUACAGCUGUAUAAGUGAGUUGAAUUCAAAGCUGCAAGAUACCUUGGAACAAAUAGAGGAACAACUAGAUGUAGCCCUCUCCAAAAUCUGUAAGAACUUUGAUAUCAGUCAUUACACGAAGGUUCAGCAGGCCUACAGGCUGCUUGGGAAAACCCAGACAGCAAUGGACCAGUUACAUAUGCACUUCACCCAGGCCAUCCACAACACCGUGUUCCAGGUAGUCCUUGGCUACGUGGAGCUGUGUGCGGGGAACACCGACACCAAGUUUCAGAAGUUACAGUACAAAGACCUCUGCACACACAUCACGUCAGACAGCUACAUCCCCUGCCUCGCCGACCUCUGCAAAGCGCUGUGGGAGGUGAUGCUCAGCUACUACCGCACCAUGCAGUGGCACGGGAGUCACGAGCAGGAGGAGGAGGAGGCAGCCGGGUCCUCUGUUUCAGAUGGCAGCAAUGUCAUGGGAACUGAAGAGAACACUUUUGACCGCAGCUAUGUCAAAAAGAAAUUGGAGCAUGGGCUUUCACGGAUAUGGCAGGAUGUUCAACUGAAAGUGAAAACAUAUCUCCUGGGAACAGAUCUGUCUAACUUCAAGUAUGACGACUUCAUAUUUGUGCUGGACGUUAUCAGCAGGCUAAUGCAAGUUGGAGAAGAAUUUUGUGGCAGUAAGUCUGAAGUUUUGCAAGAAUCUAUCAGAAAACAAAGUGUUAACUAUUUCAAGACAUACCACAGAACCCGACUUGAAGAAUUAAGAAUGUUUUUGGAGAAUGAGACCUGGGAACUUUGUCCUGUUAAAUCAAGCUUUAGUAUUCUGCAGCUUCAUGAGUUCAAGUUCCUGGAGCAGUCGCGGUCCCCGUCGGUGUCUCCCAGUAAGCAGGCUGCCUCCGCCAUCCCCCCGGCCGUGACGCUGUUCCAGCAGUACUGCAGCGGAGGAAACCCCUUCGAAAUUCAGGCCGACAGCAAAGACGAUGAGACCGAGGACGUGCUGGCUUCCAACGGGUAUGAAUCGGAUGAACAAGAAAAAAGUGCAUAUCAAGAGUAUGACAGCGACAGCGAUGUUCCUGAAGAGUUGAAAAGAGAUUACGUGGAUGAGCAGACAGGAGAUGUCCCUGUGAAAAGUGUUUCUCGUGAAACUCUGAGGAGCAGAAAGAGAUCAGACUAUAACCUCAAUAAAGUGAAUGCACCCAUCCUAACAAACACCACGCUGAAUGUAAUUCGGCUUGUUGGGAAAUACAUGCAGAUGAUGAACAUUCUGAAACCAAUUGCAUUUGACGUGAUCCACUUCAUGUCCCAGCUCUUCGAUUACUACCUGUACGCAGUCUAUACAUUCUUUGGCCGAAAUGACACGUUUGAGUCAACAGGCCUGGGCCUCAGCAGCAGCAGGUUACGCACCACGCUCAACAGGAUCCAGGAGAGUCUCAUCGAUCUGGAGGUCUCUGCUGAUGCCACAGGAACUCUCACAGCUGCUGAAGAGAGAAAGGAGAAGGUGCCAAGUCCACAUCUCAGCCAUCUCGUGGUUUUGACGUCUGGCAAUUCGCUCUACGGUUUGGCAGAGAGAGUGGUGGCCACAGAAUCCUUGGUAUUUCUGGCGGAGCAGUUUGAGUUUCUUCAGCCUCAUCUCGACGCGGUGAUGCCAGCUGCCAAGAAGCCUUUUCUUCAGCAGUUCUAUUCUCAGACCGUGUCCACUGCCAGUGAACUGCGUAAACCAGUGUAUUGGAUUGUUGCUGCUAAAGCCAUCGAUUAUGAACAAACGCUGCUUCUCAUGGCUAAUGUGAAGUGGGAUGUGAAGGAAAUCAUGUCACAGCACAAUAUAUAUGUUGAUGCUCUUUUAAAGGAAUUUGAAGAAUUUAACAGGAGGUUGAACGAGGUGUCCAAGAGGGUCCGUGUCCCGCUGCCCGUCUCCAACAUCCUGUGGGAGCACUGCAUCCGCUUGGCCAACAGAACUCUCGUGGAAGGUUAUGCCAAUGUAAAGAAGUGCAGCAAUGAAGGACGUGCCUUGAUGCAACUGGACUUUCAGCAGUUCUUAAUGAAGCUAGAAAAGUUAACAGACAUUAGGCCUAUUCCAGAUAAAGAAUUUGUGGAAACCUACAUUAAAGCCUACUACCUAACAGAAAAUGACAUGGAGCGCUGGAUAAAGGAGCACAGGGAGUACUCCACCAAGCAGCUGACCAACCUGGUGAACGUGUGCCUGGGUUCCCACAUCAACAAAAAGGCGAGGCAGAAGCUGCUGGCGGCCAUCGACGACAUGGACAGGCCCAAGAGAUAACAGGGGACGCUGCUUUCCUCCUCCCUUGGACCUCCUCCUCUCCAUGGGCCACCUCCCUCAUGGGCUGGCGACAGCCUCCUCUUAAAACCGUUGUGCAUGUCCUUUCUUACCAGCGUUGGGUGCGCUCUCAAGUGACAUAACGCUCUAAAAUACCACUUUUCUAAUCUGUAGAAUUCUUUUCUGUUGUACGGCUUCGGUUUUGUUCUGUUUUGUUUUUUGCCCAUAGUAAAGGGCCACACUUUAUGUAUCAUUGGUGAGCUGUAUAUUUUGCAGAACUGUGUACUGUAAGUAAAAUCAAAAUCAGAGAGAAACACGUUGGCUUAAUAUAUAGUUGAUGCUCUUUUUUAAUAAAAGGGCUACUUGAAAAUAUGAUUUCUUUCCUCCCUGCUUUCUCCCUCAGAAAUUGUGCUUUAUUAUGGACCAAUGUAAAAUGAAAGGAAAUGUACAAUAUUUGAUCGCUGUACCUUGCAUGUGGAUUAAGAGCACAGAUCAUCUAAAUACUCUCAUAUUAAAGCCUGUCAUCUUCAUGUGUAUUUAAAAAUGUCUGUUUAUUUUGGAAUUAAUUUAGUCAUAUCAAAAUUAUUGACUUCAGAUUAGUAAAAGGUAAUAAAUACUCUACACUAACACGA